AUGGCGAAAAUCAGAAAUGUUCUUCCUGAUGAUCCUACGCCGCGUCAUUAUAAAAUAAUCAUAUUGCCGGACUUCGAUGCUUUUUUGUUCACGGGUCAUGUUGAUAUACAGAUAACUGCAAAAAAUCUUCAAAACAGCAUUACCCUCAACUAUAAUGAGUUAUCCUUUGUCAAGGUGACCCUUGCUCUCGCAGGGAAUUCUUCUGUCGUGGAAACGAUCCCUAUUGAAUCUAUAAUUCUUGAUGCGGUCGAAAUGAAAGCGACAUUUCCUUUACAGAAACCUUUUAUUGGAGAAGCUGUUCUUUCAAUCGACUAUAAGGGAGAAAUAAAUGAUAAACUUGCCGGGUUUUACC